CCAGACCGGAAGUGUUAGCUUUAGCCGUUACGCUUUUUCGGCUAAUGGUUGCGGGCUUGCCUUCUAGAGACCUUGGCUGUGUGGAAUACAUUCAAGACGGAGGGCGGGUAAUUUUUACAGCACUUUCGACCUGGGAGUGAUUCUCAUAGGGCACAACGCUUCUGUUUAUUUAAUCUUAAUAAAUAAACAGCGGCGAUAUUCUCGUAAACGGACCGCUAAUCUUCACGCAUACUUUCUGCCGCGGUGUUUUUUUUCUUCUUGUAGUCAAGCGCUCAGGAAUCCACAUUACACAUGAUCCGAUAAGAGUUCGCGACGCAAAUGAGACGACGUUGCGUUCUUUCCACGUCUUCACUUAACGUUAAAUCUGUGUAUUCGCGAAUUCUAUCCGGUCUGUGAAACAAACUGAAGUGCCGGCGCGUUUAUGUUAACUGUUACUUUGUUGAGGGGGCGAACCGGUCUCGGCUGUUCUCCCUUUGUUUGGGCCCAGGACUCGGCUGAAUCCACUGGAGCUCCGUCUCAAACGACUCAUUCGACCGCUAACACUAUUUUAGGAUGGCUCCACAAAAGCACGGAUCUGGUGGCAACGGUUUUUAUGCCAACAGCGGCUCUAGCAAAGCGGCUAAUGGAGGAGCGCACGUAUCGUCUGGUGUUGUGAUGACUUCAGUCAAGCGACCCAAGAUGGAGCAGGUCCAAGCCGACCACGAACUCUUCCUGCAAGCCUUCGAGAAACCAACUCAAAUAUACCGAUUUCUUCGCACAAGGAAUCUUAUGGCACCAAUCUUCCUGCACCGAUCUCUUACAUAUAUGUCCCACAGAAACUCAAGAAUAAAUUCAAAAAGAAAAUGCUUCAGCGUGAAUGACCUGCUAUUCAAAGUAGAGAAGUCGAAAGUGGAUCAGGAAUCUCACAACAUGGCAUCAAACCUGCAGCUCACUUUUACUGGAUUCUUUCAUAAAACUGAGAAGCCACUGCAGAACUCAGAGAAUGAAGAAAACUCAGUGUCUGUGGAAGUGCUACUUGUCAAGGUCUGCCACAAGAAGAGAAAGGAUGUAAGUUGUCCAGUGAAGCAAGUGCCUACAGGUAAAAAGCAGGUGCCUCUGAACCCAGACAGCAGCCAGACCAAGCAUGGAGCUUUCCCCACACUGAUCGUGCCCAGCCAAGAGUUUGAACCCAGUAACAGCCACAUGGUGAAGUCCUACUCCCUUCUGUUCAGAGUGUCUCGUCCAGGAGGGAGAGAGCACAACGGCAUGACCACCAGAGAUACCAAUGUUAUGGAAGAGCUGUCUAACAGGAAGAAGAGAUACUGCUCUAAUCAGGAUGAUGGAGAAACUACAUUCGUUGCGCAAAUGACAGUUUUUGAUAAAAAUAGACGCCUCCAGCUUUUAGAUGGCGAGUAUGAAGUCUCCAUGCAGGAGAUAGAGGAGAGUCCUGUAGGCAAGAAAAGGGCAACGUGGGAAACCAUACUAGAUGGAAAGUGGCUUCCACCCUUCGAGACCUUUUCUCAGGGACCCACGCUGAAGUUCAUUUUGCGAUGGACCAAUGACACAGCUGACAAGGGAACGGCACCAGUGGCCAAACCGCUUGCCACACGCAAUUCUGAGUCCAGCACAGUAGACAGCAGCAAGCCAUGCAAUGUGAAGCCGCUACAGGCAGUAGCUGUAAAUGAAUCAAUUGGUUCUGAUCUACCAGUAAGAAGAGAACAAACUCAUGUUGAACCUCGUCAGAAACUACGUGUUUAUUAUCAGUUCCUGUAUAACAAUAACGCACGGCAGCAGACAGAGGCCAGAGAUGACCUGCACUGUCCCUGGUGCACAUUGAACUGCCGUAAGCUCUACAGCCUCCUCAAGCACCUCAAGCUCUCCCACAGCCGCUUCAUCUUCAACUACGUGCCUCAUCCUAAAGGAGCCAGGAUAGAUGUGUCAAUUAAUGAUUGCUAUGAUGGCUCUUAUGUGGGCAACCCUCAAGACAUCCACUGCCAGCCUGGCUUUGCCUUCAGCCGCAAUGGCCCAGUGAAGAGGACUGCAGUUACACACUUUCUUGUCUGCAGGCCCAAGCGCUCAAAGCCCAGCCUCUCCGAGUUCCUGGAGCCAGAGGAUGGAGAACAGGAGCAGCAGCGGACAUACAUCAGCGGCCACAACCGCCUGUACUUCCACAGCGACAGCUGCACACCACUUAGACCACAGGAAAUGGAUGUGGACAGUGAGGACGAGAGGGACCCAGCAUGGCUCAGAGAGAAGACCGUUAUGCAAAUCGAUGAAUUCACGGAUGUCAACGAGGGAGAGAAAGAGGUCAUGAAAUUGUGGAACCUGCAUGUAAUGAAACAUGGAUUCAUAGCUGACAACCAAAUGAAUCAGGCCUGCUUGUUGUUUGUGGAGCAGCACAGCACCACCAUCAUCAAGAAGAAUCUUUGCCGGAAUAUUCUGCUCCAUCUGGUCAGCAUGCACGACUUCGGUUUAGUAAAUACAGCGACCAUAGAUAAGGCCAUGGCUCACCUGAAACCGCAAAAAGACGGCCAGGAGCAAUCCAAAGACGAUGCUGAUGGUGGAUCCAGCUGCGAUGGUGAUGCCAGUGUAUCAAGUUUAGUCGGCACCCAGAAUCACUGAAACCUCCUCCUCACACUCUUGUGUUGAACGGAGUGUCAGCAGGCAUCCGAGAGCCACCAAAUUCUGCUCGCUGACAGGGUUCAAGUUGAUGUUGAUAUUAGAAGCGGGUUAUGUGGUUGGAUGGCCACAUACUCUGCAGAUCAUGAUUUUGGCCUGAUGUCAUCAGAGUUCAAAGCAACUCUUUACUAGGUUCAAAUUACUUGAAAAUGCCAUUAGUCUUUAUGAUGGACUGUACAAGCAGGUCAGAUUUUUCUCUUUCCGCACAACUCAGUAGCUCUAGUUAAACUUGUUUUAGGUGCCUGUUUUUAAAAGGACUGUGAAGAUUUUCUUUUUAAUAUAUUUUGAAAAUCAGUGGAUGGAUAUGGCUCCUACAAAAACUAGCUUUUACUGCAUAUUUUUCACAGGGGUUGAUAAACUCGUUCUGAAAACGUU